GUCGCACGCCUCCCUCCCUCCCUGCCCGCCUGACGCAUUUUGCCGCACAAGCUGUAAUAUGGCGGCAGCGCCCGCGGCCUCAGCUCCAGGAAGCUAGGCUCCUUCCGGAGGCCUCAGCGUCGGGAGACGGAGCGCUGCUGCUGCGCGGUAGGUGCGACGUCCGAUGGGGAGAAGGGAAGCGCGGGCCGAUCGCCCGUCAGCUCGGCGUUAGCGAGUGGCUGGCCGAGAGCCAGGAUCGCGGCGAUUCUAACAUUGAAGACUAGCUUCCCUCGUUCCGACCUUUUUCCUCAUCCAGGACCGCGGCUGUCGUGCAUGUACUGGUGACAUUAUUAGGAUGACAACAGACUUCCUUGGAAUUUAACUGUAUGACACAUAAAUGAGUGAAAGGAUUAGACAACAGUUGUCCUUGGUGUCUUAGUUUUGUUCUCCACUUCGAAGGUUUAAAGUAUUGUAACCAUGGGAAUAAAGGUCCAGCGUCCCCGGUGUUUUUUUGACAUCGCCAUUAACAACCAACCUGCCGGAAGAGUUGUCUUUGAAUUAUUUUCAGAUGUAUGCCCCAAAACAUGUGAAAAUUUUCGUUGUCUUUGUACAGGUGAAAAGGGGACUGGGAAAUCAACUCAGAAGCCAUUGCAUUAUAAGAGUUGUCUGUUUCACAGAGUUGUUAAGGAUUUUAUGGUUCAGGGUGGUGAUUUCAGUGAAGGAAAUGGAAGAGGAGGAGAAUCUAUUUAUGGAGGAUUUUUUGAAGAUGAAAGUUUUGCUGUUAAGCACAACAAAGAAUUUCUCUUGUCAAUGGCCAACAGAGGGAAGGAUACAAAUGGCUCACAGUUCUUCAUAACAACGAAACCAACUCCUCAUUUAGAUGGGCAUCAUGUUGUUUUUGGGCAAGUGAUCUCUGGUCAAGAAGUUGUGAGAGAAAUAGAAAACCAGAAAACUGAUGCAGCCAGCAAACCAUUUGCCGAGGUACGGAUACUCAGUUGUGGAGAGUUAAUUCCCAAAUCUAAAGUUAAGAAAGAAGAAAAGAAAAGGCAUAAAUCGUCAUCAUCAUCUUCAUCAUCAUCCAGUGAUUCAGAUAGCUCAAGUGAUUCUCAGUCCUCCUCUGAUUCUUCUGAUUCCGAAAGUGCUUCUGAAGAGAAAUCAAAAAAAAGAAAAAAGAAACAUAGGAAAAAUUCUCGAAAACAUAAGAAAGAAAAGAAGAAGAGAAAGAAAAGCAAGAAAAGUGCAUCUAGUGAAAGUGAAGCUGAAAAUAUUGAAGCACAAUCCCAGUCUACUGUCCGUCCAGAAGAGAUCCCUCCAAUACCAGAAAAUAGAUUCCUAAUGAGAAAAAGUCCUCCUAAAGCUGAUGACAAGGAAAGGAAAAACAGAGAGAGAGAAAGAGAGAGAGAGUGUAAUCCACCUAAUUCCCAGCCUGCUUCAUACCAGAGACGACUCUUAGUUACUAGGUCUGGCAGGAAAAUUAAAGGCAGAGGACCAAGGCGUUAUCGAACUCCUUCUAGAUCCAGAUCAAGAGAUCGUUUCAGGCGGAGUGAGACUCCUCCACAUUGGAGGCAAGAGAUGCAAAGAGCUCAACGAAUGAGGGUGUCAAGUGGAGAAAGAUGGAUCAAAGGAGAUAAGAGUGAGUUGAAUGAAGUAAAAGAAAAUCAAAAGAGUCCAGUUAGAAUAAAAGAGAAGAAAAUAGCUGAUCACAGACACAUUUCUGAAAGUCCAAACAGAAAAGCAGAAAAGGAAAAGAAAGCUAAAGACCAUAAAUCUGACAGUAAAGAGCGAGAUCUCAGAAGAAAUUCAGAAAAAGAUGAUAAAUACAAUAAAAACAAAGUGAAGAAAAGGGCCAAAUCCAGAAGUAGAAGUAAAAGCAAAGAGAAGUCCAAGAGUAAGGAAAGAGAAUCAAAACAUAACAAGCAUGAAGAAAAGAGAAUGAGGUCAAGGAGUAAAGAAAGGGAUCAUGAGAACAUUAAAGAGAAACAGUCUGAUUCUAAAGGAAAAGAUCAGGAAAGGAGCAGAAGUAAGGAGAAGUCUAAACAGUUAGAGUCAAAAAGCAAUGAGCAUGAUCAUAGCAAAAGUAAAGAAAAGGAUAGACGGGCACAGUCCAGGAGUAGAGAACGUGAUCUAACUAAAAGUAAACACAGUUACAACAGUAGAACAAGAGAACGGAGCAGAAGUAGGGACAGGAGCAGAAGAGUGCGAUCUAGAAGCCAUGACAGAGAUCGCAGCAGAAGCAAGGAGUACCAUAGAUACAGAGACCAGGAGUACAGGAGAAGAGGAAGGUCCCGCAGCCGAGAGAGAAGAACACCAGGAAGAUCGAGAAGUAAAGAUAGGAGGAGGAGGAGGAGAGAUUCCCGGAGCUCAGAGAGAGAAGAAAGUCAAAGUAGAAACAAAGAAAAAUAUAGAAAUCAAGACAGUAAGAGUUCCCACAGGAAAGAAAAUUCUGAGGGUGAGAAAAGAAUGUACUCUAAAAGUCGUGAUCAUAAUAGCUCAAAUAAUAACAGGGAGAGAAAGGCUGAUAGAGAGCCAAGUCCAGUGUCAAAACUAAAACAAAGCAGUCAGGACGGUGAAUUCAAGUCCUCCACGCUGAAAACUCAGGAGGGUGAAAAGACCAGGUCCUCAGUGGAAAAAGAAAACCAAAAAUCAAAGGGUCAAGAAAAUGACCAUGUACAUGACAAAAAUAAAAAAUUUGAUCAUGAAUCAAGCCCUGGAACAGAUGAAGACAAAAGUGGAUGAGUGAGGUGUGUAAACUUCCUUCCUGUCUUAAAUUUUAAGUUUUAGAGACUUGCUGUUGAAUCUCCUUUUUGUUCUUUUCAUUAUUUUGGGGUUGUUUUGUGUUUGUCCUUUUUUUUUUUUUUAAAUGUGGACUUUAUUGAGUUGAUCUUUUGAUAAUCUGCUCCCUGGAUAAUUUGUACUGCUAAAGUUUUAAUAAACUUGAAAUGAGAAAAAAAAAAACUUUGGUGUAAUACUGUGUGCUAUGUUAUACUAUCUUAUGUGUUAAUUUUUGUGUUGCAACAAUCAGCCAAUAGCAACCUAAUUUGCUUAAUUGGCCAUUUGUAAACAGGCAGAACUGAUGGUUGCAAUACAUGCUGACAAAAGGACAAACCUGUGCUCCUUGCAAUUAAAGUAACAAGAAGCAGGAAAUUUUGUGUAGGUGUUUCUGGUUAUAUUUACAAUAGAGGCUUGCGGCAGUUUCCUAAUUUCUCAUCUUAAAUCAUCACUUUUGAUUUUAGUUACUUGACUUUAGAUACCUAUCUUGUGCUCUAUACUUUAUUGUAAUUCCACUAUAGUUUGCUUCGUAUUAAUACUUUUCCUGUUUAUUUCUGUUAACUAUGUAAUAUGACAGGUUUUUUUUUUUUUAAUUAAUGUGCUGAUUGAGCUCGAGUUGCUGUUAUACAGCAUUUGGCAGGAACUAUAUACCUUGGAAGAUGAGAUUAUGUUGCCAUGGUUGUGAAGAGUUGAAAUUUUUGCUUUUUGUGAACAUUGUUAUUACCAACUAUUUUCACAGUUUACAAAAUAUUUCUCACUAAAACAUAUGUGUCCAGGUUUCUUAAGCUUUAGAUAGGCUCUAAAAAUUAUUAGUAUUGACAGUAAUAUUUCUCUUUUGGCCAUCAUCCUAUAUUGCAGUGAAUGUUAAUUUUGCAUGGUUUUUUUUUCAACUUGAACUGUUCUGACUCUCAUAACUGUGAGUAUAAAAUAGAAAGAAAAUACACAUUUUCUCUGUAUGUACCAUUAUAGACUGUAGCAUGUUUAUGACCCUGACAUCUUUCAAUUCAGGUGACUUUAUGCCAUUUUGCUGUUAAAAUUAUUUUAAUUUGGCACGUAUAACAUUGCCAAAUAGAGUAGAAUAGAAAGGCAAAAUUUGAUAGCUUACAGAGUUAAAUGCAAAACAUGUCCAAGUCCAUUCAGAAUUUUGUGUGUUGUAUUUUGCUAUUUUUGUGAUGUGUCGCCUUUUGUUAUGUAAUAUUUCUUCUAAAUAAAACAUUGAACAUCCAGCAAACAUACAACCUGCCUCAUUUGAAAAAUAUUUCAGAACUCCAAUUAAUAGUAGCUUCUAGAGAGUUUUGUAAUUUAAUAUUUGUCAACAUAGUGUCAACACUAUUACGAAGAUAGCUUCUUGGUAAAGCCAAUAAGCUACUCAUUAAUGCUAUUUGUACUAAACAGUGAUGCCUAUUAUGAUGCUUCUUAUUAUUAUUACAGUACCAAUACAUUGGGCAUUGUAACUGGUACAGAGUGAAUAGUGUCAUGAUUAUAAGAUUGUUAGGAAUAUCUUAAAUACCUAUAAUGGAUUCCAGAUUUUUCCCCUGAUAGCAAAAAUAGUAAGUAUUUAUUAAAAUCCAGGGUAAUUUCUUAGAGACUGACAAGCCCACAUUAAGGAUAAGCAAGUCUCAGUGACCAAACUGUGUUCUCAUAUAUUUUAUAAACAUGUUGACUGUGUCUUAAAUUUAGUAAAUUACACUUUAAAAUACAUCAUUAAGUAUUUGAGCUUCAAUAAAUACUUAAGAACUUCUAAUAGCAUAUGUGUGUAUAUAUAUUUUAAAGUCCAUUCUAUGUAAAAAUACUUUUGUGUUGUAUAAUCCCAGAGCUUUAUCUGUUAAGCAUUAUAGACAAGGACUUUACAAAAAUCUCAAGAUUUCCCAAAAGUAGCCAUAAGGGAGGAAAGAAAAACUGUCUAUAAGUAGUGUUUUCUCUUGUUGGGGCCAUCAAAAGAGCAACUCCAUGCUAAUAAACAUUAUUUAUAGCUCCCCCACCCCUUUGUCAGCUGUUUUUCUAGAAUGGAUGUGGUAAAGGAGUUGAGAGACAAUCAACUAUGGUUGUUUUCAGAACAUUAAGAAUGUUUAGAAAAUGCUGGGCAUGGUGGUGCAUGCCUUUAAUCCCAGCACUUGGGAGGCAGAGGUAGGAGGAUUGCCUUUUGUUCAAGGCCACCCUCAGACCUCAUAGUGAAUUUCAGGUCAGCCUGGGCCAGAGUAGAGACCCUACCCCGAAAAACCAAAACAAAACAAAGUUUAGAAAACAACUAAGCUACUAAUUGUACCCCCAAGAUCUACCCUUGCAUCUAAAUAGCCCAAGUCCUUUCCUUUUCUUGUUUUCAGUAGUUGUGCUAUUUUUAGCUUUUACUUUAACAUCUGUUUUUUCAAAAACCAUUUGAUUUUCCUUUUAAACUGAUUUUAUACUAAUCUGAGUUUAUAGUUCUUCCAACUGUGUUUGGUUUAAUGUCCUUUUGAAAAUGUUUUCAUCUGCUUUUAUUGCUUGUUUUGAUAGCUGAGAAAAUUAUUUCAAUAUGUAGAAUUUCAUGAUUAUGUGAUUUGUUUUUGGUUAAGCUAUCUGCCUUGAAAAUUAACACUACAAAGAGAUUGUUAAUGAAAUAGACAAUACAGAAUAUGGCACUGUAUUGUUAAAGCAUUCUUUAGUUAAACUGUAGUUUGUACUUUCAUAGAACUAAAUACUCUUUUUAAAUGACAUAAUGAAGCCCUCAGAAUUUGCCAAGAUUUAAUCAGCUCAAUCUUUAUGAAACUCAAACAAGUAAAGAUUGCUUGUGCCAGGUGUGAUGGCACAUGCCUUUAAUCCUAGCACUUGGGAGGCAGGGUUAGGAGGAUCUCUUUGAGUUCAAGGCCACCCUGAGACUACAAAGUGAACUCCAGGUCCGACAGGGCUAGAGUGAGGACCCUAUGUUAAAACAACAAAAAAGAUUGCUUGUUCUGACUAGGAACAUACUGGGUUUCUGGUAUUUGGAGUAUUAGUGAUAAUGGAUAGUCAUUUAUCUUCCAGUUGGUAUUUGUAGCAGGUUGUGCGUUUUGUAGUUUGUUAGACUUGCUACAGGUGGUCAUGGUUUUCAUCACAAUGAACUCUUCUGAAUAAAAAAUAAAUUGUUGCCCCAGAAGUGCUGUGUUGACUGGCAUACCUGUCUGUGGUAGGCUUCUCAGUCAGCUGCCUUGAAGAGAUUCAGGCAAAUGCAAACUCUGGCCUAUUGUGGGACAAAUAAAUAUUAAAGGAAAACAACAGAUCACAUGAAAUAUUCAUCAGAGUUAAAGAAGGAAAUUAAGGAUUUUGUUCAGUUGCUCUUUGGUGCUGGAGGUCAUGGUGGGUUGAGUUGUGUUUGUCUUUUUGUUUUAAAGAAAAUUCCAUGUCACCAAAAGCACAUACUAUGUAUUUUCUUCCUCGUGUGUGGAGUUGUUUUUGAAAGAUUGACAAGUAAGUUGGGAGUUGGGUAUUUCUAUGUGAUGAUGUUCAAAGCUGUGGCUGCUCUUGGUGGAAGGGGAAAUAAUGUGCUCUUUCCUAGCUCAAAAGUCACUGUGAUGUAUAUUUUUUUAAUGGAAUUUAAAAAUAAAAUGUUUGCUCAAUUGUAAAA